AUGGUAUCCUCAAGUGUCCUCGUUGCCUGCCUGUCUGGCGCUAUAGUCGCCACAGGUUCUUCUAUUCCCACAUCCGGUUCUGCCUACGCCCCAAAGCACGUAUCGUGCCCCUCAUCACCGCUGGUCAGAGGUGCUACGGGCAUUUGCGAUGCUGAAUCCGACUAUGUCACUCGGCGACAUCAAAAGGCUUCGGCUGCGUUGAAGACGUGGCUGAGAUCCGUCGACAAGGGCUUCAACGAAGUCACCAAAGACUGGUCUGCGAAGAGCUACGCAAAGGGCACGAAAGCGCCCGUAGUUGCUCUCACAUCGAGUGGUGGUGGAUAUAGGGCCAUGCUUAGCGGCGCUGGUGUUAUCAAGGCAUUUGAUGGGCGAGAGAAGGUCAAGACCGGCGUCAGUGGACUCUAUCAAGCCUUGACCUACGAAGCAGGUCUCUCUGGGGGAUCUUGGCUUCUUUCGUCACUUGCAGGCAACAACUACCCGACUAUCAGUUCUCUGCAGAAGAAACUGUGGGAAGAAGCACUUCAGAGCAGUCUUCUCGUCACCAGUAUCCUGGUCUCGCCACAGAAGGAUCCCAUCUAUGACACAGUCGAAGCAAAUGUCAUGGCCAAACGAGAGGCUGGCUUUGAACCAACUAUUAUCGAUCCAUGGGGCCGACUGCUUGCGUACGGCCUUCUGUACGGGCCCGACGGCGGAGUACGAGACACAAUGUCAAACAUCGCUCAAACCGCUAGCUUCAAGGAUCACCUUGCACCAUAUCCGAUUAUCACAGGUCUUGGUCUCGAGACUGGAUCGUGCAUUCCAGAGAGAAACGCAACUCAGUACGAGUUCCAUCCUUAUGAGUUUGGCUCAUGGGAUGCUGGAGUUGAGGCUUUUGCCGUGUCCAAGUACAUUGGGACGUCCUUUUCCAACGGCCGCCCUACCAAGAAAUGCAUCACCAACUACGACCAGCUCAGCUACGUGCUUGGAAUAUCCUCCAACGUGUUUGCAGCAGCAUGCGAACCCAUCACGGCCAAUAAUUCCGCCGACGCUUCACUAGUGCAGAACUUUGCCGCCUUGGUGUCUCAGCCUGGUUCUGAGGUCUCCAUACGCCAGAGCUUUGGCCUGAUCCCGAAUCCCUUCCAGGGCCGUCGCAAGUCGCCCGAGGUUUCUGCUCUCUCAACUCUAGAGCUAGUAGAUGGCGGAGUUGGCAUCGGCUAUCAGGGAAACCCCAUUUGGCCCUUCCUAUACAGGUCGGAUGUGGACGUCAUCAUUGUCAACGAAAAUUCGGCUGACACAAAGGACAAUUAUCCCAAUGGCACGCAAAUUGUAAACACCUACAAGGCAGCUAUGGCGGCGGGCUUGAAGCGUAUGCCGACGAUACCAUCUUCUGAGACCUUUGUGGCCAAGAAAUUGAACCAGAAGCCUGUCUUCUUCGGCUGUAAUAAGGCAGACGCCGCCACUAUUAUCUACAUUCCCAACUUCAACUACACUUUUGAGAGUGGUCAGCCGACGGCCAAGAUCCAGUAUUUCCGCAACGAGACAGUAGGAAUGAUUGACAACGGCGUUGAGGUAGGUAACUAUGGUGGCAAGAAAAACUGGCCACUGUGUCUCGCAUGCGGUAUUAUGAAGAGGACGGAUGGGAAGUUGCCUAGAGGGUGUACAGCAUGCUUCAAAGAGUACUGUUUCAACUGA